CGUGAGUUGGUCUGUGUGCUUGUUACAAAUUGCGUGUCCACCAAAGGGCCUAAAUUUGAAAUCUUGUCAAAGGGAGAUGGGUUUUGGCCUCAAAGCAAAUGGUAAAAAAAAGGUGUGACUUUGUUAUCUCCAAGUUUGUCAACUGGAAUUCUUUUCUUUUGUUUGGGUUCUUUUUUAAGCACACCCUCAAAAUCUUGUCAAUCAUUCAUAUGUCUGUUGUUGUUUUGGAAUACAUAAGCCCAUAACAUUUGAAAGAAGGUUGAGUAAAAAUAUGAAUGCCGCUAGUCACUAGUUCCAUCCCAAAGCCCGCCCAAAGCCCGUAUUGAAGAGAGAAAACCCUACCUUAGUUUGUUCCGAUGGGAUAUCAUCCCACAAUGCCCUUGUGCAUUCAUUUUAUUGCCCUAGUACUCUGGGCAGCUUCCUUGGACAUUGUCCCUUUAGCGUACGGCCAGACUACCAUCACAUAUGGAGUGGUCCUUUCGUCCACUGACCCAUCAAUCGGUUCGUUUACAAACGCCCUGAACCUCGCCGUCGCCGAUGUGAAUGCCAAUCCUACCCUGUUGUCCAAUGCGACACUAAGCCUUCGGUUCUACGAUUCCAAAGCAAGUCCACGAGUCGUCGUGGCAGAGGGAUUGAGAGCCAUAGCAGAGGGUGUUAAUGCGAUAGUUGGCGAGGCAGAUUCUGGUAUCACUGAGCCUCUUGUCCUUGCAACCGAAACGAAACUGAUACCUGUCUGCUCGGGGGCUUCGACAUCGCCCUCGCUUUCCAACAAAAGCGAAUUUGCAACCUUCUUUCGAACGCUUCCUAGUGACAAUGCUCAGGGCGCUGCUAUGGUUUCGCUCAUGUGGAAAAUGGGAUGGAUGCGCGCAGGGAUCAUCAGUGAGGCCACUUCGUAUGGCCAAGGCGUUGGAGACGCGCUUUUGGCGGCGAUCAGGGAACAGAAUGCGGGCAUCAGUAUCGACACACGCCUAUCGUACGUGCCUGGGGAUCAGAUACAAGUCUCCAAUCAACUCCAGUCUUUGAAAGAAUCUGGAGUUCGCAUUAUUGUGGCCAUCGGGGCGGAUUUCACACGUUUUGUCAAUGUCAUGAAAGAAGCCGACAACCUCGGUUUAAUUGGAGACGAUUAUGUGUGGAUCCUGUCCGAUGCAUUUUUCCCUGUCUUUACCGAAGUCAAAUCAAAUGACAAGCGCCUUUUCAAAGGUGCUUUGGCUGUAUACCCUCAAGAGGGCGCCGGACCAAAAUAUACUCAGUAUCGAAAUGCUGGCAACCGGGAAAACCCUUACGACUUGUUUUAUUAUGAUUGUGUUCUGGCACUUGCAGCAGCACACACUAAAAUGUUGAGCGAAGGCGUCUCUCUUGCCAACUUGGCAGCAAACACUGUCCCGCCAUUUAAUAUUACUCAGUUCACCCGCGUGAACUUUACUGGCAUGACCGGGACUGUCGUAUUUGACAAAGAUGGAGAUCGGGAUGGUGAUUAUGCCCUCCACAGUUUCGACGGAAAUACCGCGACACAAGUGGCAGUCAUUCGCCGUGGCAAAACAUUUGACCCUCCUCAACCCGUCAUCAAAUUCCAUUCUGGAUCAACCGUCGUCCCACUAGACACUCCGUCCUUUAAGCUGAAUGUUGUCGAAUGGACAUCACCCAUGGGCAUCGCCAUCAGUGCAAUUUUCGGCGUCAUGAUAAUAGUGUGUAUCGUCUCCAUUGUCCUUUCCUUGACCUUCCGGAAGAGUUCCAUCUUGAAGCCUGUCAGUCCAGUCUUUUGUGGGAUCAUCUCUUUCGGGCUUGCUUUGGUAUUUGGCAGUGAGCUGGCGGAUGUUGGUUGGAAGUCUACAUUUACGUGCAACCUGUACCCUUGGCUAUUGGGAAUUGGAUUCGCGACUGCUCUGGCUUCGGUAUUCGUCAAACAGUGGCGUAUCUUUAGGAUCUUUGAAAACGUUCAAAUGGCCAAGCGGCCCAUUCGGGAUGGACGUCUUCUCUACAUCUUCUCGGGUAUUGUGAGCGUGCAAGUGAUUUUGUUGGGUAUCAUGACAGCCGCGUCGCCCCUUCGUCCCAUCAGGAUAAUUGAUCGGAAAACGGAAACGACUAGUUUUGUUUGCACAGCGACAAAUACGGACAUUCAGAAUGGCCUAACCUACAUAAUAUAUGCCUACUGCGGUAUUUUGCUGAUUGUAUGCACUUACCUUGCUAUCCGUACUCGCAAUGUUUACUCUGCCUUUAACGAAUCAAAGUGGAUCGGCCUCAGUGUAUAUAACAUCAUUCUAUGCGGUCUAGCAGCUCUAGCAGUCACAUACAUUGGCGGCAACACCAUGUCGGAACCGACGCGAUUUGCUGUCCGGAAUGCUGCAGUGUUUUUUGCAGCGACUGUGGCAUACAUUUCACUCGUCGGACGACUUUUGGCUGUGUUGAUCGCAAAGGAAACAGGGUAUGCCUCUGAUAUCAUCAGCAGCGAGGAUGGCAGCAUAGGCCUCAGAAGCAUGCCAAGUAUCUUCCCAAGUCUAAAUUCUGGCACCCCUCGGUCGGCAAAUGCCUCGCUGAUGACCGCACAAAUUCGGCAAGCUAGCUUCCCGAUGAAGCACGUGGGGAAAAUGGGUGCUGUGUGGAAACAACAAACUAUGACCUUGGCACUUGGUUCUGAAAAGGUUUUAAGCUUGAUAGAGACCAAUGCAGAGAACACGGUAGGACUACUCAUACGACUCAAGGACGUUAAAGCUCGGCUGUUGGUCCCAGAAGAUCCUGACCCACAUGACCUCCGCCAUUGUCGGUUCGAGAUAAGAUGGGGAAAUGUGAUGAUGAAAGUUCAAGGUGCAACAAUAGCAGAGUGCGAGGAAUGGGUUUAUCUCAUAAAUAGCGGGGGAUUAAGCUCGGGAGCUUCACAAUCUCCUGCACGAGGGGUUAGAGACCGAGAUGUGACGACAGCGCGGACGUCUGGAUUGCAGGUCGACCAGAUCAAAUCGGGUUGAGCCUAGUUCAACAGUUCAACCCCAUAUUUUGCGAGUGAAAAAGAAUGUUUUUUAGAGUUUUACGGCAUUAUAGAAUUACAAUCAAUUGACAGUUCAUAUACAUUAAGUUUCCUUCC